AUCAUGUACAAGGCAGUCGUCGCCCUCCUCCUGGUAGCCACUCUCUCUAUGACUGCUGAAGCUUUCAUUGGUGGCUAUGGGAUUGGUUUCCCUGGAUACGGCCUUGGCCUUGGUAAAUAUGGAUUCGGUGGAUAUGGAUUCGGUGGAUAUGGACUCGGCGCUAUGGGAUAUGGCGGACUUGGAUACGGACUUGGUGGCUAUGGAUAUGGUCUGGGUGGCAUUGGAAAUGGUCUGGGUUUCGGCUAUGGUGGAAUUUAUGGUAAGUUUCUUCAAUGUUUAUGGUUCUGA